CCUCAUGGAGCAAAACCGGAUUCAGUUGAAGAUGGAUGAUAACCAACCCCGAUGGAUUUUUAGGGACGGGGGACCCUGCAAAGUAUACAAAGGGUGAGAAUGGAAAGCAAACAAUAUGGGGGGAAGAGUCAAGAGUCACACAAGGACGUGAGAGAGAGAGAGAGAGAGGGAUGAGGAGGAGGAGUAGGCCGGCCGCGUGAGAGUGAAGGGGUGCUGUCGCUGAGGAUCGGCUUUCUCAGAGCGCCAGCAGCCUGUCGGACUGAGCCCAGCGGGGAGGGGGCACUCAGCCUGUGCUGCACACUGGGCCGCCGCUCCUGCGCCACUCCCGGACCCUACAGCUCCACAGCAGCACGGUCGUGGGGGAUGCACUUCCAGCCGCAAAUGCCAGAAGCGUGACCAAACAACAAAUGGCCUCAACUCAAAGCAGCCUGCGUAUCCAGGGAGAUGACAACCUGCAGUCCAUGAUCGUGGGGACAGUCAUGAGGAAGAUCAAGUCACGGACGUGGAAGAAGCAGCGCUACUUCAAGCUGCAGGAGGAUUGCAUGACCAUCUGGUACAAGUCCAAGAAAGCUGGGAACGCCCACUCUACAUUUUCUGUGAGUGAUGUGGAGGCAGUGAGAGAGGGACACCAAUCAGAAGUACUGCUGAGCAUCGCCGACGAGUUCCCUGCCGACCGCUGCUUCACGCUCGUCUUCCGUGGGCGUCGUGGCAACCUGGACCUGGUGGCUGAGUCAGCAGAGGAGGCUCAGACCUGGAUCAAGGGCAUGAGGAAGUUAAUUGAGAAUGUGGAGAACAUGGGCCAGCGGGAGAAGCUUGACCAGUGGAUCUGUGACUGGUUCAAGAAGGCAGACAAAAACAGGGAUGGAAGAAUGAACUUUAAAGAGGUGCAGGAUCUGCUGAAGAUGAUGAACGUGGACAUGAACGAGGACCACGCUCGCCGCCUUUUCACAAUGGCAGACCGUUCCCGGUCUGGCACACUGGAGGGCGAUGAAUUUGUGCUGUUCUACAAGAUGCUCACGCAGAGGGAUGACGUCCUCAGGAUAUUCCAGCAGUACUCCAGCGACGGACAGAAGCUGACCCUGCAGGACCUGGAGGAGUUCCUGUGCGAGGAGCAGUUGGAAGGCCUGCGAGGAAAGCAACGUGCCCUGGAGCUCAUUCAGCGCUACGAGCCCUCGGAAACUGCCAAGAUGCUCAACGCCAUGUCCAUCGAUGGCUUUCUGAUGUACCUGGUCUCGCCAGAGGGCUCUAUCUUCAACCCUCAGCAUCGGGGUGUCUACCAAGACAUGAACCAACCAUUGUGCCACUACUUCAUCUCCUCCUCCCACAACACCUACCUUCUGGAGGACCAGCUACGGGGCCAGAGCAGUGUGGAGGGCUACAUCCGGGCCUUGAAGCGGGGCUGUCGCUGCGUGGAGGUGGACUGCUGGGACGGACCCAAUGGGGAGCCCAUCGUGUACCAUGGACACACCUUCACGUCCAAGAUCCUCUUCAAGGACGUCAUCACUGCACUGGGGAACUAUGCCUUCAAGAUAUCCGACUAUCCCGUCAUACUGUCCAUUGAGAACCAUUGCAGUUUAGAGCAACAGAGAGUGAUGGCCCAGCACCUCAAUCAUAUCCUGGACGACAAGCUGCUGAGGAGUACAGUGGGCAGCCCGAAUCAGUACAGGCUGCCGUCUCCUGAGGAGCUGAGGGGAAAGAUAUUGCUGAAGGGGAAGAAGAUUGGAGGACUGGAGGCAAGUCUGAAUGGGGCAGUAGAGGACUCCAUGAUGGGGGAGGUGAGCGACGAGGACGAGGUCGCUGACAUCGACGAGGACCACCCACAUGCUGAGAGCAUUCGGCGAAAGGGAAAGAAAUCAAAGCAGCGUCUCUCCAAGGAGCUGUCUGAAUGUGUGGUGUACUGCAAGAGCGUCCACUUCAGUAGUUUCAAGCAUUCACGCCUUUAUUCCAAAUUCUACGAGAUCUCCUCUUUCGCCGAGUCCAAGGCACGGAAAUACAUCAAGGAGGCAGGGGUAGAGUUUGUGCAGCACAAUGCCAGGCAGCUGACCAGAGUGUACCCCAGUGGCCUGAGAACAGACUCGUCUAAUUUUAACCCACAGGAGAUGUGGAACGUGGGGUGCCAAAUAGUCGCUCUGAACUUCCAGACGGCAGGAGUGGAGAUGGACCUUAACGACGGCCUUUUCAGCCAGAAUGGCCACUGCGGCUACAUCCUGAAGCCCGAGUUCAUGAGGAUCUGCGAGAGGCACUAUGAGCCAGAGAUUGCCCACGAACGCGACGACUAUCAGCCUGUCAGCCUCUCUAUCCAGGUGAUCAGUGGACAGCAGCUUCCCAAAGUGAACAUCAAGGAGGGCUCUAUUGUGGACCCCCUGGUGAGAGUGGAGAUCCAUGGUGUGCCAGUGGACCAGGCCAAGCAGGAGACCAAAUACAUCGACAACAAUGGCUUCAACCCGGUGUGGAACGACACUCUGCAGUUCACCAUCCACGCACCCGAGCUCGCCCUGGUGCGCUUUGUAGUCGAGGAUUAUGACAAGACCUCCAAGAAUGACUUUGUUGGCCAGUACACCCUCCCUUUCACUUCCAUUCAGCAAGGAUAUCGUCAUAUCCACCUGCUGUCCAAAGAUGGGACCACCAUUCCACCAUCGUCACUGUUUGUUCACGUCAGGAUAACGAAAGCGGUGUGA